UGAAGUCAGAUACCUUCAAUAGAACAACAGGAUACAUUAGCGCGAUUAUGUGGGCGACUUCAUAGGUUAAUCUUGUGACGUCAUAGGGAUGGUUUACCUAUAAAAGUCGCGCUAAAAAUUUCUGAGUGUGUGGAAAUAUUUUGAUUUGUAAGUACAAAAUUUUGAUCAACAUUUUUAGUCAUCUGAACAGGUGUUUAUUGUUUAAUAUCAAUAGUAGCAAGUUUAGAAACCCAAAAUGGAAGGCUUAAGUUACGUGCUCUUUUGCGUCACAAUCAUCUCCUUGGCAACCAUAAACGGUGCAGUAGCAACACCACGAGGUAGGGGAGGGAACAGCUAUGAGAGAGAUGACAGAGGGAGUCGAACUAGUGGUUACCCCGGCAACAUCCUGAGUUACCUCCAGUCCCUAGACCAGAGGCUGAGACGUGUGGAGAGGGAAGGCUGUCUCUCGGGGUAUCUUUACCAGACUGUCUGCAGCGACAACAACGGUACCUCCGUGGCCUUGACCGACUGCACAGAGUCCCAGCUGCUGAACAACAAUGUCACGGUCAUCAACCUUCCCGUCCUGUUCACCUCCCCCUUCCUCGCCCCGCCCGCGGUGGUUGCAGGGUUGACCGGGUUGUCGUUCUUUGCCGGAAGUGACUGGCAGGUCCAGUCCACCAACGUCACCACUUCCGGUUUCAACGUUCGAGUGACGCUGAAGGGAAUCCUGCCCUUUGAGCUGAAGAUCUUCUGGAUGGCCUGCACUAAAGCACGGGCUCUCUUUGGAUAAACGUACCAUGACAGUGAGAGGAGGGAUGAAUCGGCGAUUCACAGACAAAAAAAAAUAUAAUUUUAUACAAGUGUGAUUGUUGAUAAUGGAAGAGUGUUCAUAGAUGAUAAGCUGUCAAUAGGGAAUCUUUACAUAUGCUCGCAGUCCUAUUCCGUCAAGUCUAUCGUUUCCUAUCAGUUCUAUCUCAUCACAUCAACACUGCCCAUUUUAUCGAUUCUAUCCUAUUGUAUCUGCUCUGCCACGUUCUGUAAAUUAUAUCCCAUUUUAUAAAUCAUAUACUAAUUUAUCCAUUUUAUGCAUUGUCCCAUCACGCGGAUGAUGUUUGAUUGUAAUCUAAGCAUGCGCAUAUAAUGUCAAGCUCUCGCUUACUUUAACAAAUACUAAAACUGAUGUAAAUUUUGUUUACCGUCUAUAACAUCAAACCCACAUCGUGUAACAAUUAUCAAACAUCAAGAUGUAUUACCAGUCAAAAGUU